AUGGAAGGGAAAUCGAUCUAUGAUUUCUCCAUGGACCCCCUGGAGGGUCAAACCUACCACAGACUGAAUGCACUAAUGGAUAUAUUUGGUGACCACAACUUCACUGUCCUUGGAUUCCCAUGUAAUCAGUUUGGUCUACAAUCCCCUGAGGUAAAUAACGAGACCCUUAACGUCCUGAAGUAUGUGAGACCUGGUGGAAGUUUUGUCCCUAAGUUCCCCAUAUUUGAAAAAAUUGAAGUUAAUGGGUUAAGUGAGGAACCUCUUUUCACCUAUCUAAAGGAAACAUUACCUUAUGUUAAUCCGGUCAUAGGAGACAUGAAGAAAUUUUACUGGUCUCCAAUAAAAGUCAAUGACAUUCGGUGGAACUUUGAGAAGUUCCUCAUCACAGCUAAUGGCCUGCCAUUCAAAAGGUAUGAGCUGCACAGUCCCAUGGAGGAGCUGGAAAAGGACAUAGCAGAGCUGCUGUGUUAA